AUGGACACAAAAGUCAUGGAUGAAAUCCCUGUGCAGGAGGAAUUUGUUUCAUGUGGUGGAAUCGAAACUCAGCUUUUAAAAUGUGGGCCCUGGACUGACCUCUUCAAUGAUCAAAGUGCUUGCAAGCCUAAGGUGCUUAUUUUAAUUAUUACGGGUAACCCAAGUUUUGCUGCCUUUUAUCUACCAUUUGCAAAGACUCUGUACUCUUUGAUAAACAGACGUUUUCCAGUUUGGAUUAUCUGUCAUGCUGGGCAUGCCUGUAUCCCCAAAGACAAGGAGAUUCUUGCAACUUCCAAUGAUUCAAAUACACCAGAAAUUAAGGACGCCUAUGGACUUCAUGGUCAGAUAGAACACAAACUAGCUUUCCUGAGAACUCAUGUACCGAAGCAAAUGAAGCUUGUGUUCAUUGGCCAUUCAAUUGGCUCCUAUAUUUCCCUUCAGAUGUUGAAAAAUGCUCCUGAGCUUCCCGUAAUCCGCUCCGUGAUGCUCUUUCCAACAAUUGAGCGAAUGUCAGAGUCACCCAAUGGCAGGAUUGCCACCCCAUUUUUGUGCUGGCUUCGCUAUGUUCUCUAUGCUAUUGCCUACAUAUUAUUGAAACCAUUACCAGAGAAUCUCAAGUCGUGGAUAAUCAGCAUGACCUUUAAAUUGAAAAAUAUAGCAAAUGACUGUUUUUGCCCGAGCCUAUUGAAUCCGUUCUGUCUUGCAAAUGCUGCCUACCUUGGGGGCCAAGAAAUGAUACAAGUGGUGGAGAGAGAUAAUGAAACCAUAAAGAAACAUUUAUCUAAGCUUACAUUUUACUAUGGUAGUAUAGAUUCUUGGUGCCCACUACAGUACUAUGAAGACAUCAAGAGAGAUUUUCCAGAAGGAGAUAUCCGACUCUGUGAAAAAAAGAUACCACAUGCUUUUAUCCUCUCUCAUAGCGAGGAAGUGGCUGAAAUGACCGCUGCCUGGCUGAAGGAUGACCUGUCCAAAAUAUAA